UGGUGUGGGACUCAUGAAUAUCCAAUGAGCGCGCUUGCAGGGCACUGAGAACAAGAGGUUUGUGUAGUGUUGUUUUCCUGUUCUAAAGCGUUAAUAUUGACAAAACUGGCUCUGACAGCAACAGCAGUCUCGGAACAAGCGAGAAGCUGCUGUUCUUUUUCAUUUCCACGGCUUUGUGGUUUUUGGCACCAGCUGUCUUUUCCAACACAGCUUCGGUCUCCUUGGAGCUUGGCAGGGAAACAAUGCCUGGCAAAGCAGCGGUGGCAGUUUCGCAUCAACCCAGCGGUAAGGUCGCUACAGCGGCUUCUCAAAAGUCCUUCCCGUUUGCUUUGAAGAAGAUUAUGGAUAUCCCCCCUCCCAAUAUCCUGGAGGAAGGCGAGGACGAAAUAGAGAAGGAAAAGCUGUGCUCCACUGAGGAUGUGGAAGGAGGUGGAGCUGUUGCACCCAAUACAGGUGGAGGUUCCAGAGGAGGAGGAGGGGGUGGAAGCAGUGGAGGUGGUGGGGUAUCAGCCUCCCUAACCCCUGCCAUCUGGGAGAAGACGAUUCCUUAUGAUGGGGAGACUUUCCACUUGGAGUACAUGGACCUGGACGAGUUCCUUCUGGAGAAUGGGAUCCCAGUAACCUUAGAGGAGGAGGAGCUGCAGAAGACUCUGACCUCAGUGGAGGGCAAAAGCAAAUCCAUUCAGAAAGUUACUCCUGUAGCUACUCCUGCUCCUCCUGCUGCAGCUGAAGGGUCUGUGUCAACAUCAGAAUCUCCCCCAUCCCCAUCUACCGUCACCUCAGAUCCAGAGGAAACAGUGACGGUCACAACAUUACAGCCAGCUAAGCUAGAAGAGGAGGAGGAGGAGGAGGAGGAAGAAGAAGAGGAAGAGCAGGAAGAGAAAGAGUCUUUGUCUGAGGAGGCAAAAGCAGAAGUGAAGAAAACGGCCACAGAUCGUACAACUGCAGAACGGAACACGCCCUCUCCCAUCGACCCAGAUGCCAUUGAGGUGGACAUUCAUUUUCAGCCAGAUCCCACAGACCUUGUUCUGUCCAGCGUCCCGGGAGGAGAGCUGUUCAACCCCCGCAAACACAAGUUUUCUGAUGAGGAUCUGAAACCGCAGCCAAUGAUUAAGAAGGCCAAGAAAGUCUUUGUUCCAGAUGAACAGAAGGAUGAGAAGUACUGGUCCAGGAGGAAGAAGAACAAUCUGGCAGCAAAGCGUUCCCGUGAUGCACGGCGGCUGAAAGAAAACCAGAUCACCGUUCGCGCCUCUUUCCUAGAGCGGGAAAAUGCUGCGCUGAGGCAACAAGUUGCUGAGCUGCGCAAGGACUGCGGGCGCUGCAAGAACGUCUUGGCCCGCUAUGAGGCUAAGUACGGCCCGCUGUAAUGGAAAAAAAAAAAAAAAAGACUCAGAAGAAAACCCACGAGGCGUCAAUCAGACCGAAGCAGAACUUCCUUCCCCACAGAAUCCAACACAGACACAAACACUAAGGGAAUCUUAAUUUGCACUGUUGUCUUUUCUGGCCUCUGGUCACUGUGUCGAGCUCCAGAUGAUGUCUCUUCACAUGAUGCUGGAGUUUGGGAUACAUACUGAUGGGCAGUGAGGCAUGAUGGGAGUAGAGGUCACAGGAAGGCCUGUGGAGAGCGCCUGGCUCCUACACAGAGAGAGAGAGGAAGGGGACUGUUGUUGGUGCUCCUAUGGGCGAACCCAUGAGAAAAAUUAGGUUUUAUCUCAAGAAAAGCUCAUGAAAGUCAUGAAACAAACAGAGCAGGCUGGUACAACAAAAUCACCAGCAUUUAAAUACUAACACCAGUUUUGAUCACGACACAGCACUUCUUAACGGACCAAAUCUUGAGUAGGGUCAGUCAGAUGUUGAGUAUUCUUAAUAAGGCACAUUUGCCGUCUCUCUCAUUUUUCUUGCAUAUACGAAUACGAAUAUUCUGGCUGAGGCGAAAUAAAGGAGCAGGAGUCAGACUGAUGAAGGUAUGUUCAGUCUGAAGAGGGAGGAGACCUCAGUUCAGCACUGGAGAAAAGAAGGGAGGUCUGUCAGUGGUGUGGUUCAGUCACUGGCUAGUUAGUCACUGGUCUUCCCUCAUAUCACACAAACACACACACACAGAAACAUACGUCUAUGCGCACACAAAGAAAAAAUAGUAAAAACUGUGUGUAUAUACAGUCAUCAUAGCAUUUUGUGUUGCGUGUUUUUAUCGUGUGUAACUCCUCUUUGCACCUUUUCCUCAAACACACACAUAAUGUGUAAGAACUGGUAUAACUGCCAUGUUUACCACAAACAGUGGGAGACGCAGUAGCUUUCAUAAGAAAAAAAAAGAAGCAUGACCCGUAGUUUAAGACUACUGUGAUAUUUUUCUUUUCUACUGAUCUUAGAUCAGCAUUCAGAGCUUCAGAUAAGAUUUUUAUGAAAGAAAGCUAUGAACUUUACAAAAGGAAGUAAGAGUCGUUUUUUGCUUUGUAGAUUACCGUUGAGGGUUUACAUUUGAUGAUUUUCAGGGCCCUCACAGGUGGAGGGGUAUGUUAAUGGGUAGAAAUGUUUAUUUCACUGCACAUUGCAAGUAGAGGGCGCUAGAGUCGCUGUAUGCCUGCUAAAGGAGCAGUGAUACUGGUUUUUAUUUUUUCCUUUUUGUUCUUUAAAAUUGUAGCCAGGCAGAGAGUUGAGUGCUUCUCAACCAUGUAAAUACUCCACAGUCUUGUGGUCUUUAUUUCCUAGGACGAGGACUCUGACUGUGUCUUUAUUAAUCUACACUUACCCUAAUAUUUGCCAAAUAGUCAUUGAGUGCUGUAUUUAUUCUGAUGGUAAUAACACAUCCAUUGAGUGUGAUGUACAAAAAUAUGUCAGAUUAUUUUAUUUACUUUUAAGGAACAAUACCUAUAUAAUGAAACCAAUGAUUGAGCAGGGAAUUCACUGGGCAAACUGUGCUUUUGGAUGCUUUUAAAACAGAUUUAGAUACUUAUUUGGUGGGUUCAUUAAAUUUUUUCCCUAAAGGACAAAGCACACUCUUAUUUACCUCAUCCAACACUUCCUCUCCUGGGCGAUUAAAGUUGAAGCAGGGCUACAGAGUGGUGUUGGAUGAAGCAGACAGCACAUCAAAAGCAGCUUAGUUGUAUUUGGCAAAAAAAAAACUUGAAUCUGUGUCGAUAAUUUGAGUCUUUUUUUCUUCCUUUUUUUUUUUUUGCCGAAGUGGCUGAAUCCGUCUCUAAAUUAGUAAAUGUGUUGCAGACUGUUAGGAGAUUCUGCAUCUCCGGUGUCUCUGGCUGAUGCACAUUUUGUGCUUAUAAUCACUGCAAUCUUGGAAAGAAAAUUAAAGUGGCAAUAAUACUCUGUUAUGUAAUGCCUGUUUAAUUUAGAUAAUAAUGUUGUAUGUCCAGUUACUAUAAUGUAUUGAAUAGAAAUGUCCCAAAGUCCUUUGUGCUUCCAGUUAAGAUCCUCUGUUGUCAAGGAUCCUAAUGCAUGAAACCCACUAAACUUGUCUUUUAUUAUUCUUUCCCCUUUUUUUUUCUUUAUUUUGUCUCUUGUAAAUUUUUACACUAAGUGUACUUAUGUCUGUAAACCAUUGCUAAAAGCUGGAUAUGUUUUUGGAUAGCUAGGCUGAUGGAAUACUGUACAGUUAGAUCAGUAGAAAAAGCGGAGCAUCUUUGCUGUCAUGUCCUGUGUCACCUAUCCUCAUGCAGCCUGAGCUUGACGUUGUGUCAAACCUGAGCGGACAACACCAUUUGAUUACUGUGGAUCGGCGUUUGUUUACAAAAGCUUGAUCUGUACCAACAUACGCUGGAUCAGCUGGUGUUUUUCUGCUUUCCUGAUGGAUAAUGUUUGGGUUUUCUGGUGGUGUAGUAUAGCAGACAUUUUAAAGCAUUGUGCUUGCUUGUUUUGUUUGUUUUUUUUUAUUUCUGCAUUGACAUUCAGAUUUUACAUUGACUGCAUCAUGCUGUUUAGAAAUCAGUGUAACUGAUGAGGGCAGACUUUUAGUUAUGUUUUUUAACUGAAUAAACAUAUUCUGCAUAAGACUGAAUGAAGGUACUGGCCGGCAGGGCCUUUUAGAAAAUAUUACAUCAUGAAAGUACUAGAGUAUGUAGCAGUCUUUUUUUCUGAUACGAAGCACCUCUUAAAAUUGGCUUAUAAUGUAAAAUCUCACUGAGUGACAUUUGAAGCGUUGCAGACAUGUUCCAGCCUGCGCCACUAAUCAAAUAGAAAAGUCACAGCAAUGAUUUAGUCUCAUGAGUUUGGACAUGUCUGCAGAAAAAAUUAGCUGCUGCACCUUUAAAAUCCUGAUGCCACUUUUAGGCAAUGACUGUUAGAAAUAUAUUUUUUUCUCCCAUAAUUCAAAGUUUCCUUGUCUUAUGUUUAAGAUUGUAAAUCUAACACUUAUUGAUGUUAUAGGGAGGAAAGAUAAGGUGAUUUUAUCUUUCAAUCUUGGGAUUUUCAGGCUCAUUCUCAGAAAAUAUUAUUGAUUUUUGACCAAAAGAUAAGCCUGGGCGAGGAACAUCAUGCAGUCAGAUCAGCAAGUUAAUGACUGCUGUGAAAAAGCACAACAGUAUUUGUAAUAUUCUACCUGUAAGUAGAAAAACUAAAAGUGCUGUUGUCUGUGUCUCAACUCGUUUUUAAGUGCUUCGUAUCGACAUUUUGUUUCUGUUUACUAUACACAGUAGCUACAAUGCUCCUGAAAAGGAAAAAAAAGUCAAGUCCUUUGUUGAAAUGUUUUACGGUGUUUUGUUCUCUUUUUAUAUAAACAUGUUUUUGUAACCCCGUAUCUUGAUUCAUGCAGCUGUAGUACCUUGUUCUAUCUGUACCUUGUAAUAUGCAUAUGAAGUAAAAUGGAUUUUAAUGACA